AUGAAUUGUACUGGAAUUUCAAAUGACCGACCACUGAUUCAAGAGGAAAUUCAUCAGCUAUUACACGACAAUUUUUCACCUUCAAAAGUAAAUAAUAUUUUAUGGGAUGCGAUUGUCAUCGGGAGUGGUUUAUCCAGUUUGACAUUAUCGAAAGUCUUGUCGGCCUCGGGCUAUAAAGUAUUGAUUCUUGAGCAACAUGACCGAGCUGGUGGUUCUUGUCAUACUUUUAAACUUGAUGAAUUUGAAUUUGAUGUUGGCCUACACUACGUUCAGAAUAUGUACUCAGGACGUCAGUUAUUCAAAAUUUGCUCAGCUAUAACCGAUUCAUAUUGUCAAUGGCAAAAAAUGGAUGAUCCGGUGGAUAUGGUAAUCAUAAAUGGUCAACGCUAUGGGCGUACUGCAGGUGAUAUGAAAGAAUUUCAAAGUUCACUGAAAAAUUGGUUUCCGGAUGAAUCUGACAAUAUCGACAAGUUUUUUGAUUAUUCUUAUCAAUGUAUGAAAGAAAUACCUUGGUUGUUCCGAGCUAAAUUUAUGCCAUUAAUUAUUUAUAAGAUUUUAACAAAAUUUAAUAUUUUUGAUAAGUUAACGAAUAUUUUUCGAUGUAUUCAAGAAACUUUAUUCGAAAUUAUGUCAAAAUAUAAUUUAAGUCCUCAACUGCAAUGUGUAAUCAGUUCUUAUGCUGCUAACUAUGGUGUUUCACCUAAUCAAGCAUCUUUUCUUCAGCAUAUGCUAUUUUUUAUGGAAAAUGGUUAUUAUCCCAUUGGUGGUGCCAAUAUUCUUACAUCUAGUAUUAUAAGAUCCAUUAACAAAUUUGGAGGGAAAGUAUUAGUAAAAGCUAAUGUUAGAGAAAUCACUUUCGACGGUAACCGUCGAGUUAAUGGAGUUAUCGUUGAUUAUGGUUCAUCGAGGGUUUUCAUUCGGUCUCCUCUUGUUGUUUCGACAGCGUCGAUAGUCCGAACAUUCAAUGAACUUAUACCAACACCUACCGCUAAAACUUCGUUUAUGUUUUCAAUUGCUAAUGAACUAUAUAGUAAAGAUGUGGUUAAACGAGGUGGCAUGCAAGCCUACAUUGGACUGCUUGGCACCAGAAAUGACCUGAAUCUGCCAUCAAACAAUUUCUUUUGGUUUAAGACAAAUGAUAUUUUUGAAAAUAGUCGCUAUUUAAGUUUAAAAACGAUGGACGAAGUAAUAGAUUAUGGUUGUCCACCGUCUAUGUAUAUCUCUUUUCCAUCGGCAAAAGAUCCUGGUUGGUCUGCUCGUCAUCCAAAUGUUUCGACAUGCCAGAUUAUAAGCUUGGCGAAUCCCGAAUGGUUUUCCGAGUUUCAGAAUUUGAGAAAUGAUCGUUCGAGAAAGCGAAAAAAUAAGGAAAAAUACUUGUUAUUAAAGAAUACUAUAGGCAAUUACCUCGUAGAUAUGGUGACGGAAUUAUUCCCAAGUAUUAAAAAUGAAAUAAUUUUUAAAGAAUUUUCAACACCUUUGACUCAAAAAUAUUAUCUACAGAAUAUGCAUGGGGAACUUUAUUCGUUAACACAUCAAGUUGAUCGCUUUCAAUCCAAUUACUGGCCAUAUUUAAGGAUAAAAACUGAUUUGCCGGGAUUUUUUUGUUCAGGUCAAGAUGUGUUGUUUUGUGGUGUAAGUAGUGCGUUGCAUAGUGGUUUACUUACUGCGUCUUCUAUUCUACACCGAGAUUUAUAUAAAGACCUUGAAAAUGCUUAUCUCAUACAAACGAAAAAAUGA